CUUCUUCUUCCAGGUUCUUUCGUCUUUGCAAAUAUGGACAAGACACAAAGGUUUUUAGUUUUAGGGUUUCUUGCGAUUGCUUUUUCAUUGUUCGUGCAUCUUGGUUCUGCUGCGAAUGCCACAAACAGAUGGAUGCCACAGAACGCUGAUCAAGAACUGCCGUCUUCUCCAGUCAAACUGAAUAAAUGGAAAGAUCAUGUGAUGUUGGACAAUGGCAUUGUUAAACUCACAUUAUUAUCUCCAAGUGGUUUAAUCGGGGAAAUACAAUACAAAGGAGAAAAGAAUGUCCUCGAAUAUCAUCUAAAAGAAAAUAGACGAGGGUAUUGGGACAUUGUAUGGAGUAGGCCACCAGAGCGCAAAAGUUUUUUCUACGAGCUCGAAGGGACAAGUUUCAAAGUUAUAGCAGAAACAGAAGAUAUGAUCGAAAUUUCAUUCAUGAGAACAUGGAAUUCCUCUGAUAGUUCCUUUUACCCCUUGAAUGUUGAUAUAAGGUAUAUAAUGUUGCGCGGGAGCUCUGGUUUCUAUUCAUAUGCAAUAAUGGAACAUUUAGAAGGAUGGCCCGAUUUAAAUAUUGACGAAGCAAGGAUUACUUUCAAACUUGACGAUGCAACGUUCCAUUACAUGGCUAUAUCAGAUGACAUACAAAGGAUUAUGCCAACAGCUCGUGAUCGUACUGGAGGCCAAGUUCUUAAUUAUAGAGAAGCCGUUUUGUUGAAAAAUCCUAGCAAUCCGUCCCUCAAAGGCGAGGUGGAUGACAAGUACCAGUACUCGUGUGACAACAAGGAUAGUUUGGUGCACGGUUGGAUUAGUACUGACCGAGACAUUGGAUUUUGGGUGAUUACACCGAGCAAUGAGUUCCGUGUUGGUGGCCCAGUGAAAAAUGAUCUUACGUCUCAUGUUGGUCCGACCUCUUUAGCUGUAUUUUUUAGUGGUCAUUAUGCUGGUCCAGAUUUUGGAAUCAGAUUACGCAAUGGAGAGCCGUGGAAAAAGGUCUUCGGGCCUGUUUUUAUAUACCUCAACUCAGGUUCAAGUAACAAGCCAAGUACACUUUGGGAAGAUGCUAAAGAACAGAUGCAAAAGGAAACCCAAAUGUGGCCAUAUGAUUUUCCAAGUUCAGAAGACUACCCUCAGGCCAAUCAACGGGGCACCAUUACUGGUCGAUUAUUAGUUCGUGACCGAUAUCUCAGUCGAGAAUUCAUGCCUGCAAAAUCAGCAUAUGUGGGAUUGGCUCCACCGGGAGAUGUGGGAUCUUGGCAAACAGAAACUAAGGGUUAUCAAUUUUGGAAUCAAACUGAUGAAAAUGGUUACUUCACGAUAAGCGGCGUCCGGGAAAGCACUUACAACCUGAAUGCUUGGGUCCCAGGAGUGAUGGGUGACUACAAAUAUGAAACUGAUAUUGUUGUCACGCCAGGAAACCAAAUUCAACUAGGCAAUCUUGUAUAUAAUCCUCCAAGAAAUGGUCCAACCCUAUGGGAAAUUGGGAUCCCUGAUCGUACUCCUGCCGAGUUCUACGUGCCUGAUCCAUCGCCGGAGUUGAGAAACAAUGUAUUUACUAAACAAAAUCAGAAGUAUAGACAAUACGGAUUGUGGGAUAGAUACACAGAUUUAUAUCCUGAUCAAGAUCUAGUUUACACUGUUGGCACCAGUGAUUACAGAAAAGAUUGGUUCUUUGCUCAUGUCAACAGGAGAACAAAUAAUACAUUCCAGUCGACGACAUGGCAAGUUUCAUUUAAUUUAACAGAUGUUGUGAGGACACAAACCUAUACACUCCGGAUAGCACUAGCUUCUGCCAACUAUGCUGAAAUACAAGUUCGAAUCAAUAAUCCAUAUGCAGAACGUCCUCACUUUACUACAAAAUUAAUAGGCAGAGAUAAUGCAAUUGCGAGACAUGGACUUCACGGGUUAUACUCAUCAUAUAGCAUCAGUGUUCCGGGAUUUCAACUCGUGCAUGGAAAAAAUACAAUCUAUCUAAAGCAAUCAAGAGGCGCGACUCCUUUCAAUGGAGUCAUGUACGACUACAUUCGCUUUGAAGGGCCACCAGAAGUCAGACUCUAGAAUGAAUUAAUUAGUUUACAUGCUCAGCUUAGUACAUUAUUUUCGUAGUCCCAGGAAAUAAGUGAAAAUCAUAUAUCGGCUCAGAAACUCCAAAUUCAUUGGAAGAGCUACAAUCGUAAUUUUUCUUUGACACAGGCACUGCACAAUUUUUUUCAUU